AUGGCCGCCAAUCCCGAAGAAAUCACCUUGAUCGUUGUCUUCUCGCCUGCCGUAGGCAAAGCAGACAGACUCCGCACCCUAACCGAAGCCUACGCCGCCCAAGUCCACGCCCACGAACCCAGCACGAUCCAAUUCCAACUACACAUCGAAGAGUCCGAUUUCGGGUUCGGGCAGAGGUGGUGUGUUGUGGAGAGAUACCCCGACCCGAUUUCCAUGCACCUCCAUCGCAGCACGCCUCGCUAUCAUGGCUUCGCGAAGACGAUCAAGGAGGAGAGGCUUGUGAGUGAGCGGCCGGUGGUUUUUGCGGGGAAGGCUGUGGCCGGGUUUAAUUGGAUUCAUUGA